AUGCACCUGCAACUCUUUAUGUUCAAACAUUAUGAGGAAGGUACUUUAUUUCCUGACGAAUUACUUCAAUUCGAUAAUCACAAUUCAACCCAACUUCUGAGAGGUUUAGACGAGCUAGCUUCCAUUGCCGCUUAUGAACCAUGGGAACUCUAUCGAUCAAAGCUUCAUUUCGCCCCACCCUCCAUUUACAAACAAUAUGGCCAUCUUGCUGAUCCUGUCCGGAUCUUCUCCGCUUUUGGCGAGUUCUCUGGUGGCACCAUUCCAUUAAGCGAGGAUUUGCUUAGGGCGAUCAACGAAUCAGACAAGGAAAUCAAUGGAGCGGAUGAGGAGAGUGAGGAGGCAGACGAGGAGACUGACACAGCAGGUGAGGAGACUAACAAAGCAGAUGAGGAGACCCUCAAAUUGGAUGAGAGCAUGAUCGAUUAUAAGCUUAACAUCCAUGUUCGCAAAAUUUUUGUGACGUGUGCUGCACUCUCCCUUGAUGGUUGCUAUAUUGCACUCGGAUUUGACAAUGGAAUUAUCGAAGUGGCCGAUAUCGACCACCAGCGCACGAUCUGCCAAUUGCAGCGCAAUCCAGCCAUCCCCCCAGCCUGGAUCGAAUUUGUCCAUGGCAGCCACCGAGUCGCCACUGAAGAUGUCGUACGUAAAAUAAUGAUCCUCGCCGAUGGUAUGACCCCUGUGAACCUUGGCAUCCUUUCCCACUAUCCAGCUGGAACCACAGCCUCAAAUAAUGGAUUGUUUGUCGUGCGAGUCCAACGAAGUCUUGAUAACCCUUGGUAUGACAACAUGACGCUCAUAUCUGUUUCUGGGGAUCCAUCUAUUCAGCACCUUGCCUCGCCUCCUUUCUCCCCAUCCUCUCAAUCCUCUAGGUUAGCUAUUCCUCACCGCCAGAUGCUUGGUUUCUCUCCAGGAGCACAUUAUGUUGGUGCAUUUGAUGGGACCUGGGCCGUUACCUGGUCAACGGAAUCAUGUCAGUGCAUUGCAGGUUAUCGGGUGACAAACUUCGAGUAUUGGAUUAUUAAUCCUAACGUCCCUCCGACAUGCUCAUAUCUCAUCCCUGAUCCUAUAUUCACUCAAGCCACUCUUCCCUUGGCAGAAGGCUCCACAGCUCGUGCCCAUCAUUCCGACGCGGAUGUGGGGCAUGACUCUGAUGAGUCCUGGAUCAAGCGUCCAUUUUACGACCUCUCGCCAAGCAGAGAGGUUUGCCUUGACCCUGCCGCUACGAGAACCCCACUAAUCGAUAACCAAGCAUCAGUGUGGCUCAAUGGAAGACUAGAACUCGUGCUCCCACGGGCAUAUGGAUCGAUUAAUGAUCUUCAGGAUGCUUGGUACGGUCAUCGAGUGCCAAAUGAUCAUCUGGAGCCCUACCGCCCUCAGUCCAGCAGGGAUGGAACUCGAUUUCUAGUACAGAGAAAGUUACGGACCCCAAUUGUUGUAGAUAUUAGCCAAGUUGUUUAG